AUGUCACAGAAUCCACCAUCUGCCUCCCCAGGCAGCAUCUCGCAGCUGCAGACGCAAUACAGCAGACUCAGAAAAGCCAUCACCGACAUCCAAAGCGAGCACACCAGACUCACAUUCCGAUGGAGCUCCCUCAACCCGGUCACCGUUGGCAAUCCACUGGUUCAUUACACAUAUCGCGAUGCCUGUAGCACCGCUUUCGUCGAGAAUGUAUGGGACGAGCCAUUCCAGGCCGAGAUCAACAAGUCGCUCGUCAACCACGGCGUCGCAGGGAGACUUUUGGGCAACAGCCAGGUCGGCGAAGCCGAUGUUGUUCUGAGGGGCGUGGCGGAACGAUUGAGAAGAUCGCAGGAUUAUGUGCAGAAGCUUAAGAAGGCUGUGGAGGCUCAUUAUGAGGUUGAGAGGUAUGUCUUUUCUUCCAGAAACUUUCUCCCAACGCUGAUCGUUGGCUCGAAACGACUGGAAGAGUCGAUUGCUUCUUCGUUAUACACCGAAGUUCUGAGACGGCAGCUAAUUCGUGCUUAGGUAUCUGGUGGCGAAGGGGCUAGUGGGCGAUCGAAAGAACGGCAAUGCAUAG